AUGCCUCCACCCCUUUCUCAUUCGGUUCGAGAACUCAUUAUUGACUGGCACUACAAUGAUCAGCUUACUGUCUCAGAGAUUGCACAUUGUGCUAGGUGUUCCGAAAGCUCUGUUUAUAGAAUCCUUCAGUUAGAGCACAAGUUUGGUCUCAUCAUCAACCCAAAUGCAUGUACCUGGGGUGCUCACCAAAUGCUUGAUCAAUCAGACAAGGACAGUAUCAAGGCUUUCAUUGAAAGGAACCCAGCUGCCUACCUCAAUGAAAUUCAACAACACCUCCUUGACACCAAAAAUGUAUGGGUCUCUACUUUUACUAUUUCGAGGGCUCUUGCUCAGAUGGAGAUCACAAUCAAGCAAAUCUCGAAGACAGCAGCAGAGCGUGAUGAGUUGGUCAGGGCUAUAUGGAAAGGGAAGCAUAGGAGGAUAGCAAAGGAAAAUAUUGUGUGGUUGGAUGAGUCAAGUGUUGAUGACUUGACAAAUCAGCAUCUUCAAGGAUGGGCUGAGCUUGGGCGUUGA